AUAGUUACGCAGGCGCAGUGGGGAGAAACGCGAGACCUUGGGCCGCUCUGCCGAAUGCAACCGCGCCUCCCAGGAGACCCGGUGCCCGCCCUCCUACCAUUCCACGCGGCUCGAUCCCGCGUGCGGGCCUCUCUCAGGCCGCGCCUAGUGGACGCAGAGGCGGGCCGAGGACGCUGCAGAGAAAGUACCCUGGGCCAUGCAGCUGCCCUCCCCUCCCAGGAAAGGGGCAGGAUGGCUGCCCAGACGAGUGAGGCAUCAGCCCUGGUCCCCCAGGUCUUCCACAGUCCACUGGAACUGAUGAUCUGCUAGGCUGAACACCUCACCCUGCCCUGCUGCCUUCCUGUCCCCAGGUGCCAGCCCCCAGGCCCCAAGAGGAGCUGGUCCCCGGGACAGAGGAGGGAGAGGAGCAAGAGGCUCCCCUGGGCCCCUUCCAGGCCCCACCUCCAGGGAUCUGGGCUGCACAGCCACCCCAUGCCUUGGACCACCUGGUCUGACCUGCACAGAGGCCUGGUGUGGACAUUGCCUGGGUAACAGCCACUGAGAUCCUCCAGCCUGGACAUGCUGCCCAUACUGUGUGGAGGGGACUACCCAGGGAUCCGGCCAGGGUGGAGUGGGUGAGGCAGACAUAGCUGUGUUUGGGUCAGGCGGUGUCCUCCAGCCUUCAGGAAUGGAGACGGGUCCAUCGUGUUCCUCACAAACUGGAGUCUCCACCUUCUUGACACUUGGGGCCCCACCCCGUGAAGCAAGGAGAGGAGAGUGGUGCCACAGUAGGGCCAGUGCAGGUCACAGGCGCGAGAUGGAGUCCCCAAGAGGGUGGACCCUGCAGGUGGCCCCAGAGGAAGGCCAGGUCCUCUGCAAUGUGAAGACUGCCACGAGGGGCCUCUCUGAGGGGGCUGUGUCUGGAGGCUGGGGGGCCUGGGAAAACUCCACGGAGGUUCCGAGGGAGGCAGGGGACGGCCAGCGGCAGCAAGCCACACUGGGGGCGGCGGACGAACAGGGAGGCCCCGGCAGGGAGCUGGGCCCCGCAGACGGUGGGCGGGACGGGGCUGAGCCCGGGAGCGAGCCUGCAGUCCGGGCGUUGCGCCCUUCGCCUCUCCCAGAGGAGCCGGGCUGCCGGUGCGGGGAGUGCGGCAAGGCGUUCAGCCAGGGCUCUUACUUGCUGCAGCAUCGGCGCGUGCACACAGGCGAGAAGCCGUACACGUGCCCCGAGUGCGGCAAGGCCUUCGCCUGGAGCUCCAACCUCAGCCAGCACCAGCGCAUCCACAGCGGCGAGAAGCCCUACGCUUGCAGGGAGUGCGGCAAGGCCUUCCGCGCGCACUCGCAGCUCAUCCACCACCAGCAGACACACAGCGGCCUGAAGCCCUUCCGCUGCCCGGACUGCGGCAAGUCCUUCGGCCGAAGCACCACGCUGGUGCAGCACCGACGCACGCACACGGGCGAGAAGCCCUACGAGUGCCCGGAGUGCGGCAAGGCCUUCAGCUGGAACUCCAAUUUCCUGGAGCACCGGCGCGUGCACACGGGCGCGCGGCCGCACGCCUGCCGGGACUGUGGCAAGGCCUUCAGCCAGAGCUCCAACCUGGCCGAGCACCUGAAGAUCCACGCGGGCGCACGGCCACACGCCUGUCCCGACUGCGGCAAGGCCUUCGUGCGUGUGGCGGGGCUGCGGCAGCACCGGCGCACGCACAGCAGCGAGAAGCCCUUCCCCUGCGCCGAGUGCGGAAAGGCUUUCCGCGAGAGCUCGCAGCUCCUGCAGCACCAGCGCACGCACACUGGUGAGCGGCCCUUCGAGUGCGCCGAGUGUGGCCAGGCUUUCGUCAUGGGCUCCUACCUGGCGGAGCACCGGCGCGUGCACACGGGCGAGAAGCCUCAUGCGUGCGCCCAGUGCGGCAAGGCCUUCAGCCAGCGCUCCAACCUACUGAGCCACCAGCGCACGCACUCGGGCGCCAAGCCCUUCGCCUGCGCCGACUGCGGCAAGGCCUUCCGCGGCAGUUCCGGCCUGGCGCACCACCGGCUUUCGCACACGGGAGAGCGACCCUUCGCCUGCGCAGAAUGCGGCAAGGCCUUCCGCGGCAGCUCCGAGCUGCGCCAGCACCAGCGCCUGCACUCUGGCGAGAGGCCGUUCGUCUGCGCCCACUGCAGCAAGGCCUUCGUGCGCAAGUCGGAGCUCUUAAGCCACCGGCGCACGCACACGGGCGAGAGGCCCUACUCUUGCGGCGAGUGCGGGAAGCCUUUCAGCCACCGUUGCAACCUCAACGAGCACCAGAAGCGGCACGGGGGCCGCGCUGCGCCCUGACCCGAGGACGCCCUGAGCGGGAGGUCGCGGACACGCGGCGUUGCGGGGUCCCGGGCGUGAGUGCGCUGUCUGCUGGCCCAGACUUUUUCGGGCCGCCGGUGCGGGCGCCCUCCUGCUGGGAGUGCAGGGGCGGCCUUGGGUGUGGAGAACCCUGGCUGCACAGUCCCUUUGACGAUAGCCCACCGGCCACCCAGGCCUGUCUGGGGACAUGUGGGAUGGGCUUUUCCCAGGGAGGGCGGCAAGCUCCACUUCGGCGAGAGGUUCGUCCAUGCAGAGGUGGGCAAGAACUGGGGUCUCCGACAGGUGUGGCUAUUUCUUUAAGUUCUCUGGCACUGUCAAAAGCAGCCAACCCACCCCCCAGUCCACAUGGUCACCACUGCUGCUACCAGCUGCUCAGUGCAGUGGCCACUGUGUCUCCUAAGGUGCUCGCUCCAGUCAGCACUUCAUCUCAGGCAACCACAGGUGACAGUUAAACAUGAUGAAACCGCAUGCUA